GGUCACCACUUCUGGUGCACAGCAGAGCCCCCAGACCAUGUUCCAGCUCCCAGCCACCAUUCUGGGAUAGAACUGGUUUUGGGUGGUUUGGAUUUGUUGUUCCCUCGGCUCCUGUUCUGUGAGGAGGAAAAAGCAAGGAGGAAAUUUGAGGCCAAAGAGGGGGUGAGGCAGAAACUGAGAGGAAGACAGACAGACAGAGCCAACCGACGGACAAGAAAGCUGCAUACAGCCCAUGCCUUGGCUUGGAAGCCCCUUGUGGCCAGCAUCACCCUGUAUCCAGACCCAGAUGGCGCAGCUGCUGUUGUUACUCUUUUGUCUCCAUUUCUGGCCAUGGAUUGGGAGCUCUGCUCAAGAGCUGGACCCUAAUGGGAGGAAUGUGUGCAAGGCUACCAGCCUCUCUGCAGGUCUGGUAUGCUGCCCAGGUUGGAAACAGGAAGGCAGGGAAUGCACAGCUGCGUGGUGUGAAGGGGAGGAUGCUUGCAAGAUGGAUGAGGUGUGUGUGAGACCCGGGAUCUGCCUCUGCAAACCUGGCUUCUUUGGAGCCAACUGCAACUCCCGCUGCCCUGACCAGUACUGGGGCUCGGACUGCAAGAAGAGCUGUUCAUGCCAUCCCAAUGGGAAGUGUGAUCCUGUAAGCGGCCAGUGCACUUGCAAUGCCAACCGCUGGGGAGUACUCUGCCAGUUCCCAUGCCAGUGUGGACCUCAUGGCCACUGCAGCACCCUCACUGGAGCCUGCCAGUGUGAGCCAGGCUGGUGGGCACCGAACUGCAAGAAGCAGUGUCUGUGCAGGCUGGCCAGCUCCCACUGUGACCCUGUCACAGGGCAGUGCAUCUGCGCCCAGGGCUGGUGGGGUAGGAGAUGCAGCUUCAGAUGCACCUGCCACCUCUCACCCUGUGCCCAAGACUCAGGCAGGUGUGAGUGCAGGGCUGGGUUUUGGGGGCCAUUGUGCCAACAUCAUUGUGACUGCCUGCAUGGGAACUGCAACCCUCUUGAUGGGCAUUGCAGCUGCAACCCUGGCUAUCAGGGCAGGAGCUGUGGGGAUCCUUGUCCUGCCGGUUAUUACGGAUCUCAGUGCAGAUACAGCUGUGGGCACUGCAAGCAGAACCAGCCCUGCUCUCCUGUGGAUGGGUUCUGCCUGGCAUGUGACUCUGGCUGGAAUGGUACCCUCUGUAAGAAGCUGUGCACGCCUGGAUACCAUGGGGAGAACUGUGCACAGAUGUGUCCCAGCUGCCGACAAGGGGAGGUCUGUCAUCCAGAGACAGGGGCUUGCUUGAAUUGUGACCCUGGCAAGACAGGACCCAGCUGUGAAGCAUCCUGCCCUGCCGGAACAUUUGGAGAUGGAUGCAGGUUCACCUGUCCAGACUGUGUUAAUGGGAGCUGUGAUCCAGUGUCUGGGGAGUGUAUCUGCCAGGCUGGCUAUUGGGGCACCAGCUGCAAUGAGACCUGCCCAGAGGGUUUUUUUGGAGCGAACUGUUCUUCCCCCUGCCGAUGUCCAAGGGGCCCCUGCCACCCACACUCUGGGGACUGUGUGCUCAGAUCAAAGCACCAGGGAGCCCUGAUAGCUGGCAUUCUCAUCCCAUUACUCCUCCUAUUACUCUGUGUCACCUGCUGUUGCUGUUGCUGUGGAACCAGCAAGUUGGAUGCCAGAGACAGGACGACUGUUGCUGAUGGUGAUGCGAUCUCCAGAAUGAAACAUCACGUGCAGGGGGUGCUGGCAAAUCUCAGCUCCACGUUACCUUGCCUCUCACUGAGUGGCUACAGACUCCCCCGAGUCACAGUCUCGCACCAUGACACAGAGAUUCCCUUCAAUCCCAGCUUCAUUGAACCGCCUUCGGCUGCCUGGGCCUCAGACAGCUCCUUCUCCUCCUCCUUUGACACUGACGAUGGGGGCCCAGCUUACUGUGUCCCUGCCAGAGAAGAUGUUCCUGCAGUGGCAGGCUUUGAGCCUCAGGAAGGCAGCUCCAAGUGUCAUGAAUUUCCUGAUGCAUCAGCAUUUAACUCUGAGGACGUCUCCCAGCCUUUCACCAUCCCCCGCACAUCCAGCAUCGCCAGAGCCAAGAGGCCCUCGGUGUCUUUUGCAGAAGGAACUAAAUUUGGCCCUCAGUGUCAAAGAGGCUCCAUGGAGACACCAAAUACCACUCGGAAGCCCAAAGCCCCCUGGGGUCUCACCAAAGUUCCCUCUCACCAGCACCAUGCUGACCCAGAGGAGCAGCCCCAGCAGGGUGGGUUGCCAGGUGACUGUUACGAAAACCCAGAGCCCAUCUCUGAGGCUGAGGAUAGCCACCAGCCCUCCCCCAGGGGUACCUCAGGAGGCCACAGGAUGCCAGUGUCAAGUGGCAGACAUGUGGCCCAGAGAGUCGAGGCCCUUGAGGCAGCUUUGCAUCCAAACACUUUGGAUGUUAGAGGAAAGGAGCAGAAUGUCACAACCAUUUACGUGACUGUGGGGACAGCAGGGAAAUCGUCCAAGUCCAAUGAGAGUGCUGAUGGAAGCAGAGAGGGGACAGUUCAGGCUGUACUGAAACGUUUGGGUAGUUUCCAGAGAGUAAAAAGGGCUUUCAGGGAGGAGCCCAUGGUGAGGAAAAGUACUGAAAGCAUCCAGAAACCUCCCCGCAGGGCCCUGAGCCCAGAGAGGGACUCCAGAGACAUGUUCUCCCAGCCAUCCCCUCCACACAAGGAGAGCUCCAAGACAACAGAUCUGGAGCCCUGUGAGUCACCUGAGCUCCUCACACAUAGACACCAGAUAGAUGUUCCUGUUAAGCGAGAACCUCUCAUCCACACAUCUCCUAUAUUUAAAAGACUAGUGGCUCAGGAAGGAGAAGAUGAGGUCACAGGGGACCCCAAGAAGAGUGAAAGUCUUGAAGAGGCCAGAAGCCUAGAAACAAAUGAACAGGCUGUUGUUGAGGAGGAACCCAAAUACGAAAAUGUGUCUCCAAAUCGCUGUCCUUCAGGCGAGUCUCCUGCCACCUCCCCUGACUAUGAGGCCAACACUUGAAAACCCACCCAGGACCUAAAUCCUGCCUCUGUUUUAGAACUGUGACAGUCAUCACAAUGGAGCUGUGGCCAGAGUGGGCAGUGCACCUUGCAGGGCAGGCCACGAGCUAUUGAAGAGUGCUAGGUCUGCAACAUGCCUGGUAUUAGAGGGAACCCAGAAUUUCACCUCCCAGACAUGUUAUGUGAACUAGAUCAUUGUCUAGCGUUACCAUUAAAUCUCUGUGUGACCCACAGGGUCAGGUUCUGCAUUGCAUGUUAAUGUUCAAAUGAGGCAACUUGCUUUGAGUAGCAAUGUUACCUAAUGGAGCCACAGAGAUGCCCUCCUGAGUUCCAUAUUAGUCUUGCCAUGAAUCAUUACCAAGGAGGGACGGUGCUGCGGGCAAGUCAGUUCAGGCACCUCCAAUACAAGUAGAUUAAUCAGAAGAAGUGAUUGUACCUGAUGGCAUGUUUAUUUGAUGACUGUGCUUUUAGCUUGCUGGGCUGACCAACCCAGGGAUCUUAGGAAAAUACCAUCUAUGUGAGGUUCAGGAGUCUGAAUUACAGCAGAAUAACACAGACAGCCAAUGCA